AUGCCUGAUGUUGCUUUGUCGGUUGGGUACUGGGUAUUAACAUUAAUAGGGUGGGUUGUUGAAGGGGCUGCUGCAAUACAGUACAGUACCCUUAAGGGUACCUUCAAGGUACAGUAUUUACAGUUUCUCUUUCAAACCCCGAGUUGCAGCAGGGCCCGUCUACACGUCACAACCUUUCCGACAAAUUCUGGUCCCCCAAACUGCAACCAGCAACUCUCAACUUGCCAAUCCUUGGCAUUGCCGUGCUUUGCCUUCAUCCCAAUGACUCUCGUUCCUCUCAUCAACGCCGUGGCGGCAAUCCUCUUAAUUCCUGCUGUCUUUGCGGCCCCAUCAUGGAAUCAGAUUCCUGUCAAGGAGGCCUACGUGCCACGGCCGGAAGCAGCUUUCACGCAGUGUGGAAAUGGCAAGCUCUGCCUUCUAGGCGGGCGCGGUGUCGAUCCCGUCUCCAUUCUGGACACAAAAACAUUGUCUUGGUCGAGCGGAAAGGUUCCCCCCAUGGAGAUCCACCAUUUCCAAGCUUUUCAGGGCCCGGACAAAUGUGCUUGGGUUGUAGGAGCAUGGACAGGUCCAUUUCCUAAAGAGGAGACUGUCGACAAAAUUCUCAUCUACUGUCCAGACUUAGAUGAAUGGUCUUCUGGUCCACCCAUCAACAGGCCGCGCGGCGCGGGAGGCGCUUUCUUGCUUGAUGGUUCUGUUUAUCUCGUGUCUGGUAAUGUAGGUGGUCACAAUGCAGGUGCCAAUCUCGUUGACUGGUUUGAUAAACUUGACUUGGAGACGGGAACAUGGUCCACACUGCCACCUAUCCCUAAUCCUCGAGACCAUUUCCAUGCCGUCGUUCUCAAUAAUAAGCUAUACGUCGCUGCGGGACGUGAUUCUACGGGAAAAGAACCUGAGUUUUUCGACGAUGUUGAGGAGAAGGUUGAUAUCUUCGACUUCGACUCUCAAGAAUGGUCCACCGGAGAGGACUUUCCGAGGCCUAGAGGAGGAACCUUUGCAACAGCAUUCGGCGACACCGUUUUCAUCCUCGGAGGUGAGGGGGAAAAUCGCGCUUGGGUUGAGGUAGAUGUCCUUGAUGGGUCAUCAUUCAAACCGGGUGAAGAUAUGCCAACUCCGCGUCAUGGUGCCGGUGCAGUUUCUUGCAACGGAGCCAUAUGGGUAGCAGGUGGCACAACAGUACAGGGAGGUGGAACCGAGGCCUCGGACACAAUUGCGUAUUUUGAUGGUGACGAGGUCCCAACCUGCGGGUCAUCAGAAUCAAAUUCACCGCCGCCCAGCCCUGUUUCAAGCAAACCGACCCCAACCAGUGAGCCAUCGACAGCAGUGGCUUCUCAAAAUCCACCCACUCCAACGGAGGAUGGUGAUAGCGACGCACUUCCAUCAGAGCAAACUCCUGGAUCCAAUGCAGAAGAGGCUCAGGGCAGCAGCACGCCUUCGCCUGGAGUAAGCGAUAAUAGUGAAGAUCCGGAUGACACAGAACCUGUACCUUCUGAAGAGGAUAGUGGGCCUGCCUGCUUCCCCUCUGAUGCCGUUGUUGAGCUUCGCGAUGGGAGGAUGAUCAAAAUGGACCAGCUGAAAAUCGGAGAUGAAGUCAAGGUUGGUGCGACCGGUGAAUACAGCGAGGUUUUCUUCUUUUCGCAUCGCAAUGGAGAUCGGAUUAAUGAGUUCAUUCGGAUCGAGACGGAGAGUAACAGUAUGACUGUUUCUCCCGGACACCUUGUCUACGCAAACGGAAAAGUUGCAACGGCAUCAAGUGUGCGUGUGGGAGACAGUGUCUCUGCAAGUCAGGAUACAGUGAAUUCAGUCACUGUGGUAACCGUCCAAAGGAUUAAGUCAAAGGGUUUGCACAACCCACAUACAUUCCACGGUGAUAUUGUUGUGAAUGGCUUAGUUGCAACCACUUUCACAUCAGCAGUGCAUCCUUCCGUUGCUCGGCUUUUGCUGAUUCCUUUCCAUCUCUCCUACAAAAUAUUUGGGGCUCAUAUCUUUCAAGAUCGUCUCAAUGCAGAAGUGCUUCGCAUUUUGCAGUAUGGUUUCUGGCGAGAAUACAACUGAGUUUGUGCAAGCGAGCGUUAGUACGGGGAUAUCAUGUUUGAAAGGGGUAUAGGCUGACUAAUACAUUAAUCGGAGUCUUUGGCCGAAUGAACCAUUAGGACGUUGCUACGUCGUAUUAGAAGUUCCUUCCCGCAACAUUAUUAACCUUAGAUUGAAGCAAAAGUGAUGUCCAGUAACGCCACGCCGUUGCUACACUUCGGGUGGCCUAGUCUCAUUGAUGACCGUCGUGUCGGUGAUGUAUAAAGGGACGUAUGAUGGAAUUCUCAUCUAAGCAGCUUAUACACCUGGAGAAACGCCUGGGCCAUAAAGUGAACACGAAGUCAUCCAAAA